AUAUGACGUGGGCGUGUCAUUCAUAUUCCCGCGAAGAUGUCACAAAUCAAUGAUGCCCCAUUUAUAUAUGAGCUUUAUAUACGAGGGACAGAGCUGAGUGUCAUUAAGAGAGAGUCGAGAUCGACACUGCUACAAGGAGACGCUUCUGAUGAAAACCCUCAGACGACUGGUCACGAUGAGGCAAAGACAACUUUACUUUGCUGUGAUCCUAGCAGCAAGCUUAACCUUAGUAUCCGGAGCUGUCAUCACUGGGGUAUGCGAAAAUGACGUUCAGUGCAUCGCUGGCGGGACCAGGGACAGCUGCUGUUCCCGCUGGAGCCCGCUAGGUGCCGUGUACGUCUGCAAGACCAUGGGGAAGAGGGGAGAGCCGUGCCACGUCAAGGCGGAGGAGCUGCCGUACCCGCUGGACGGAAAGCACCGCUUCUGGCACUGCCCGUGUACGGACGGGCUGAUGUGUGUGUCCGGGGACGGCGCCAGGGUCGGACUGUGCAUGUAACCAGCAGAAAUCCACGUAACUGUCAGGAGAGACAAAUAUCAGUCAGGCAGCAGAUACUAACGGAAAAAGGAAAGUUUAAAAUGAAGAUGACAGAACCAAAGCUCCACCUAUGAAGUUUAGGAAUAUUUUAGGUAGAGAAAUGAGAUGUGCAACCGGUAGAGAAAUGUUAACACAUUGAGAAUGCGAAUGUAUGUAAUAUUGGUAACUUGCAGAUUGGGUUAGAGUAUCCUAAGGAUGUGUUCUUCGGGCCAAUAUGGCAAUGUUUGUUUUCAAUACCAUAGGUUGUUUUAGAAGUGGAAUCGGUUGAUGUUUAUGAAUUAUGAAUGUUUAUAAUGUUUAUGAAAAGCGUUAUGACUCAGAAGAUGACAGUAUCUAUAGAUACAAACACUAGAAGUAAAUAAUGACAGCUCUCCACGCCGACUGUCAACAUAUGGAGGAAAUAUAACAUACUUUCCCGUACGUAUGUCUUUGUAUUCAUUUUCUCAAGUUUAGACAUUUUCAGGUAGAUGCUUCGAUAUCGUCUCGUAAGAGCUUCUCUAAAAGAGGACAGUCAGAAUAUUUUGGC